AUGCUGCAGUUGUUGUGCGACGCUGGCGCUCAGCCAGAUGUACGAGACGAGAAUGGCUGGACGGCACUUCACUACGCUGCUGCUUGUCCUACGGGCCCCGAGGCUCUCCAUUUUCUGUGCGAGCUUCUAGCCGAUGGUUUUAUCGACACUCAAUGCAGCGAAGGAAACACAGCACUUCACGUCGCCGCUGGCUGCGGAUGUAUCGACAAUGUAUGCGCGCUACUGGAAACGGCAGCGAACCCGCACGUUUGCAAUUUCAAUGGAGAGAGCGCCUACCACCUCGCACUGCGGAACAACCGCAUUCAAUGCGCGGUAGUCAUCAACGACUACCAAAGUUGGAUUGAAAGCUUCACGGAGGAUGGCUGCGCUUACUACUACAACUCGGUGACGGGGGAGUCGUCUUGGUACAAACCUGGGGAGCACCAGCUACCGAACACGGGGCAGCAGCUUCCAUUGUGCCUCAUCCCGAUGGUCAGCCCCUUGACGUCACUUGAUAAUCCGACUGCCGCUGCCAAAUACGAAGCUGCGCGUCGGAGAGCGCGGAAGGAGCGGAAACGUCGACGAUCGAGGCUGAGCAUCACUCACUCAACCAACAACCAGGAGAUGAUAACUGGCGGUACUCACAACGAAAGUUAUUAA